CAGAAAACUACAGUUUACAAUCUAGUCCAUAUUCUUCUUUAAGCUAGACAAGAUGAUGCUCAACGCAUUUCUGAUGUCGCUCUCAAUGCUGCUGCUGAUGUCCGCUCCACAAUCCUCUGAAGCUGCUAAGGAGCCACUGUGCACGUAUCGCAAUUCCGAGGGUGAGACCAUAUUCCUCACGUAUAUGCCGCUGUCGAGAAAGGGAGAGGAUUAUGUGGAUUUUGGCACCGAUGGCAAAUGCCUCAAACGUGCCAUUUGCACAGACACCUUUAAAACGAUCGUGGAGGACUGUGCCCAGCAGAAGGUGACGUGCCACAACAAACAGCGUUAUACGGGCGUCUUUCCCGCCUGUUGCAUCAAGUGCAAGUAAUGAUUUUGGACAUCUUUCGAUACAUUUCAUUGAUUGUUUUGUAGCUCUCGAAAUGAAUAACAAUUUACUUAGUAUUCCACAUUCAUAUUCUGUUUUUUUUUUUCGUUCUUUAUAUAUUUCUUUUUCCAUUUUUUUUUUAGUUUUUAUUUGUCUUAGCUAUUUAUUGUGUUUUUUUUUUUUAAAUCCAUGUUGAAUCGUAAUAAUUGUAGUUUCUUUUGUUGUUGUGGUAGUUUUGUUUGCUGUAACUGUCGAGCUGUUUUUCUAGUUUCAUGCUUACUCGCUAAAAGCCCGUAAUUGUUUUCUUUCUCUGGCAAUGUAUAUUUUGCUGCUCUUGUUGUUGUUUUAAUUCCAUCAUUUCUUAUCUCUCUGUCUCUCUCUAUCUCACACAACAACAAAAGAUAAUUUACGCAAAAAAAAAACAAAAAAAAAAUUUAAUAAUUACGUUUACAUAAUAUUAUAAUCAUAAAUUGGGCAACUCUAUUUAAACAUGAAUGUGCUGUGUUUUUCAUUCUUCUUUCCUUUUUUUCUUUAAGUGUACACUGUGUGUGUAUGAGUGUGUUUUGUGUGUGUGUGUGUGUGUGUGUAUUCUUAUAGUUUAAACCUAGUGUUGUUGACGACUUUUCUCGUAUUUGCUGCUCUGUGUUGAACCCUGUUUUAUAAUUGUUGUUGCUUGGUUGGUUGUUGUUUAUUCUCUUUUUAGUUUAUUGUUUUGUUUUUCUUUUUCUUGCUGUGUUUUGUUUUUGUUUUGUUAACUAAUGCUUAUAGAUCCUCGUCCUCAUCUGGCAAGG